AUGCCUUUACUAAAAUUUAUUCAAAAUAUUCUUCAACUAAUCUAUCUUACUAUCAUCCACUGGUAUCAUAGUAUGAGUUCGAUAUUUCGUCGUUGGAAGAAUCGACUACGUUGUUCAAGUAAACGAUAUAUUCAUCAUAGUCGUUCAUCUAUACUCGCUGAUAAUGAAUUUAAAACAGUUAAUAUAACAAUGGAUAAAUUAUUAAAUGAAAAUCGUAUAUUAAGAGAACGAUUUGAUACACUUGAAGAAAGAUGCCAACGAUGGAUUGCAGAUGAACAAAUUUAUUUAUUAAAACGUAUUCAACAAUUAGAAGAUGAAAAUCGUCGAUUACAUGAAAACUAUCAAACAUAUCAAAAACAAAGUGAAAAAUGUAUUGGAUCUGUCACUGAUCUAAUUAUAAAAACACUCUUUACUCAAGAGAUUAAGAAAAUGACAAAACGUAAAAGUUGGUGGCUUCAAAAUUUCUUUGGUCAAUGUAUUUUUUCGCAUGAUGAUGAUUUAUCAAAUCAGGAAUUAAGAAAACAAUGCACUGAUCUACAUCAUGUGAUUGAUACAGUUCAAAUGAGAACAAAUACACCACAAAAGGAAUCAAUAAUUCAAAGCAAACGUAGUGUUUCAUGUCAAUUGACAUCCAAUCCAUCGAAUAUUGAAAAUCGACAUACUACAAAUGACCAAUCUACAUGGUUUCAUCAGCAAUUAAUGAUUGUCGAAGAAAAUGAUCAAAAGACAACAAAUCAACCAUCACGUAUGUGUACAUAG